CCCCCUCCCUCCGCCUUCGUUAGAGAGAGGAAAACGGGGUUUUCAUGGGCGACCAUGGAGCAAACCCGGAAUUUAAGUAGUUGUGAUUAUAGAGCCGAUGCCAACUCCUCCAGGCACACUUCACUUCACUUUAAGAGAGCCCUAAAACCUUACUUGUUUGGCCUGGCCUUCCAAGGUGUGGCCAGGAGCAAGAUGGGCGACCCCCGAGACAUCUGUCCUCACCUGGAUUCCAUAGGUGAAGUCACCAAGGAAGAUCUGCUGCUGAAAUCCAAGGGAACAUGCCAGUCUUGUGGGGCUGGCGGACCAAAUCUGUGGGCCUGCCUUCAGGUAGCUUGUCCUUAUGUCGGCUGUGGGGAAUCCUUUGCAGAUCACAGCACCCUGCAUGCCCAGGCUAAAAAGCACAACCUGACGGUGAACCUGACGACGUUCCGCGUGUGGUGCUACGCCUGCGAGAAGGAGGUGUUCCUGAACCAGCGGCUGGCCGCCCACGCUCCUGCCCCGCCCUCCAAGUUCUCGGAUCAGGAUUCCCCUCCGCCCGCCCAUCCUCUGAAAGCCGUCCCGAUUGCCGUGGCCGAUGAAGGGGAGUCGGAAUCCGAAGAUGACGACCUGAAACCACGAGGCCUUACCGGAAUGAAAAACCUUGGGAACUCCUGUUACAUGAACGCUGCCCUUCAAGCCCUCUCGAACUGCCCGCCGCUCACCCAGUUCUUCCUGGAAUGUGGAGGGCUCGUGCGCACAGACAAGAAGCCGGCCCUCUGCAAAAGCUACCAGAAGCUGAUUUCCGAAGUGUGGCACAAGAAACGCCCCAGCUACGUGGUCCCGAGCAGCCUAUCCCACGGAAUCAAGCUGGUCAACCCCAUGUUCCGAGGCUACGCACAGCAGGACACGCAAGAAUUCCUACGCUGCCUGAUGGACCAGCUUCACGAAGAGCUGAAGGAGCCCAUCGCGGCCGAGACCCGGGACUCGGACUCGAGCGACACGGACGACAAGCGGGAGGGCGACCGCAGCCCCUCGGAGGACGAGUUCCUCUCCUGCGACUCGAGCAGCGACCGCGGCGAAGGGGACGGGCAGGCCAAGACGGGAGGCUCCCCGGGGGAGGCCGAGCUGCUGAUCCAGGACGAGGCCGGCAGGGGGAUCUCGGAGAAGGAGAGGAUGAAGGACCGGAAGUUCUCGUGCAGCCACCGGCGGAGCAACUCGGAGCAAGUGGACGAGGACGCCGACGUGGAUACCUCCGUGAUGCCCGUGGACGGCAGGGCUUCUCCGGAGGCCGUCUCGCCACCCACGCCUCGUCCUGCCAGCCCCUCUCGGGCCCCAGAGCCGGACAACGAUGCGUACACACGCUGCUCUUCGCGGCCCUGCAGCCCGGUUCACCAGGAUGUGCACGCCAAGCUGUCGAGCAGCCCUCCGCGGUCAAGUCCCGUGAGGCUGGGGCCUUCUUACGUCCUGAAAAAGGCCCAGAUGCUGGCCUCCGGCAAGAAGAAGAAGGAGGUCCGCUACCGCAGCGUCAUCUCGGACAUCUUUGACGGCUCCAUCCUCAGCCUCGUGCAGUGCCUCACCUGUGACCGAGUGCGUUUGCUUUCUGCUGCUGCUCCCGUGAAAACGGUGUCCACCACUGUGGAGACGUUCCAGGACCUCUCGCUCCCCAUCCCGGGGAAGGAGGACUUGGCCAAGCUCCACUCGGCCAUUUACCAAAACGUGCCGGCCAAGACGGGAGCAUGCGGAGACAACUACGCCUCGCAGGGCUGGAUCGCCUUCAUCAUGGAGUACAUCCGGAGGUUUGUGGUAUCCUGUAUCCCCAGCUGGUUUUGGGGCCCCAUGGUCACCCUGGAGGACUGCCUCGCUGCCUUCUUUGCUGCCGACGAGUUGAAAGGCGACAACAUGUACAGCUGUGAGCGCUGUAAGAAGUUACGGAAUGGAGUCAAGUACUGCAAAGUUCUCCGGCUCCCUGAAAUCUUAUGUAUCCAUUUGAAGCGGUUCAGGCACGAGGUGAUGUACUCCUUCAAAAUCAACAGCCACGUCUCCUUCCCCUUGGAAGGGCUGGACCUGCGGCCUUUCCUGGCCAAGGAGAGCGUCUCCCAGAUCACCAGCUACGACCUCCUGUCGGUCAUCUGCCACCAUGGCACGGCGGGCAGUGGGCAUUACAUCGCCUACUGCCAGAACGUGAUCAACGGCCAAUGGUACGAAUUUGAUGACCAGUACGUCACAGAGGUCCAUGAGACCGUGGUGCAGAACGCAGAGGCCUACGUCUUGUUCUACAGGAAGAGCAGCGAGGAGGCCAUGCGGGAACGGCAGAAGGUGGUCUCCCUGGCCACCAUGAAGGAGCCCGGCCUACUCCAGUUCUACAUCUCUCGCGAGUGGCUCAACAAGUUCAACACCUUCGCCGAGCCGGGCCCCAUCACCAACCACACCUUCCUGUGCUCCCACGGAGGAAUCCCUCCAAACAAAUACCACUACAUCGAUGAUCUCGUGGUGAUCCUUCCCCAGAACGUCUGGGAGUACCUGUACAACAGGUUUGGAGGCGGCCCGGCUGUCAACCACCUCUAUGUGUGUUCAGUGUGCCAGGUGGAGAUCGAAGCCCUGGCCAAGAGGCGGAGGAUCGAGAUCGACACCUUCAUUAAGCUGAACAAGGCCUUCCAAGCCGAGGAGUCUCCUGGGGUCAUCUACUGCAUAAGCAUGCAGUGGUUCCGUGAAUGGGAGGCCUUCGUCAAAGGCAAAGACAACGAGCCGCCCGGACCGAUCGACAACAGCAGGAUCGCCAUGGCCAAAGGAAGUGGUCACCUCCAAGUGAAGCAGGGGGCCGAUUAUGGGCAGAUCUCCGAAGAGACAUGGAUCUACUUGAGCACCCUCUACGGCGGGGGUCCAGAGAUCGCCAUCCGGCAGAAUGUGGCCCCGGUGCCGGAGAUGGAGAAUUUGCACGGAGAGCAGAAGAUCGAGGCGGAGACGCGAGACGCCUGAGGGAGGCAGUGGACCACGCGGGGAAGGUUGGGCUGGGCCCUGGCUUCCCGUGGAGAAUGGACCUUCUGCACCUCCGGAGUGAGACUGGACUCUCCUUUUGUGUUUUGGAACUCGGGCGUCCGUAACGGCAGCAAGUUCCUUGUGCUGCCCACAGUGAGUAACACUGCUGCUUAGAAGCCGGGGUUCCUUCGCAGCCGGCCAAAGCCCACUGGACCUUGUCACCACACCCUCACAGCCGCCAGGAGAGCGAGUCCCCUGCAAACCCGUCUGGUCUCCGCAUUCUCCAGUCUCUCUCACAGGUGAGAGAGAGAGGGCAACUUGGCCAAGGCCACGACUCAUGUGCUCCUGCUGGUAGGUCCGGGUUGCACUCCGCGUCUUCUCGAAGGAAUCCGAUUUCCCGCUUUGCGCUGGCUUCCCACCUGCGCCAUCCCGUGAGUGGCCCUCGGGGCCGGUGGAAGCGGCGGUUCUGUGCACUCCUUGGGCGCCGGCACCCUCCUCUUGGAUUUCUGCCCUUCCCGUAGCUGAUGUAGCAGCCCGCCACCCCCCCCCCUCCGGGGCCAGACACAAAGGACGUUGGGAAAACGCUGACGAGCCAGUGAGAGAGGGGUGUGUCUGGGCUCACCCCGAGGCGGUCAGCGCCUCGGACGUCACAGUUUCUGUUGCACAAGUGGAGGAUAUCUCUCCCCCACCCCACUGAUCUGAUGGGAAACAGCUUUCACAACACGGGCCCGAUCCCAUGAAUUAUGUGUGUGUUGUUUUAUCCGUAGCGUAACCCUUGUUCCUGCCGACUCUCACCUUCCCCACGCAGCUCUCCCUGACCCACUGCUGCCCGUCUCCCUCUUCUGGAGAAAACACGUCCACUGAAUGAAUUCCUCGCAAGGCUGCCGCACUCCCCCAAAGCUCUGCCCCAGAAGCAGAGCUGGGUCACCCCCCGGAGCGUCUGCAGUCGCACUCAACCAAAAACAUGGGAAGCAUUCCAGGGCAAGGGACGUUUGGGGGUUGCUCGUCUUUCAGGAGCCCACGCGGACUGAAAUGCCCCAAUUCGGGAUUGGGUCAACCCCAACACUGGACCUUUCCCGCUCGAGUCGGUACGGGUGACUACCCCAUGCCCAGGGGAAAUGCCUCGUACCAGGGCCCCACAGAUGGGUUGACUACAACUCCCAUCAUCCCCAGCCUAAGGCCAUUGCUGCUGGGGAUGCUGGGAGUUGUAGUUGUUAACAGCAGGGGAGGACUUGUACUCCCAUGUGCCUGGCAGACUCACCCCUCCCAGAGGUGGACAUUCCUUGGGGGAGGGGGAGCAAGCACAAGUACCAAGGAGGGCUGAGGGAGGCAGCAUGGUGCGGGGGAGAGGCAAGAUGCCAUUCUGUGCAUUCCUGCAAAAGGGUCCUUGGAUGAAUGGCACUGGAAUGAAGUGAUCCUAAGGCAGGGGCGGAACUACUAUUAGGCAAGGGGAGGCGGUUGCCUGGGGGACCCCCAGAGACACCUCACAUGACUCCCCAUUGCCCCCUGCCCAGCCCCAGGUCCCCUCAGCUACUUGCCCUGUUUGCCCUCUCUCCUGCUUGUCCUCCUUGCCUUUGCCCCUUUGACCCAUUGCCCCUUUGACCCAUUGCCCCUUUGACCCAUUGCCCCUUUGACCCACUGCCCCUUUGACCCACUGCCCCUUUGACCCACUGCCCCUUUGACCCACUGCCCCUUUGACCCACUGCCCCUUUGACCCACUGCCCCAUUGACCCACUGCCCCAUUGACCCACUGCCCCUUUCCACCCAGUCACCUUUCCACCCAUCCACCCUUUGACGCCAAAUACCAUUAUGGUUGGGGGUCAUGGGAGUUUAAGUCCACCAACAUCUGGGGACCCAAGGUUGAGAACCCCUAAUAUUCCCUGUUUGCAAAAGAGUCCAAAUUUAAUGAUUUUAAUGCUUAUACUAUUUUAAUUGUAAACUGCCCAGAGAUGCAAGUUCUGCUGGUCCGGGAAACUGUGCAUGAAGAAUGUAGCAGUCCUUGAAACUCUGCACAAAGAAUUUAGCGGUCCUGGACUCCAAAAAGGUUGAGAAACACUGGGUUAGGGAACAGACGGGGGUGGGUGGGAGGAGGAAGGGACAUUUCUGCAACGUGUCUGCUCGCAAUCAGUUCUUCUUUAAGAAACGCAAAUGCACCCCUGCCGUAGAUGUUCCUCUGCGUCUCUGUGCUGGACCCGGCUCUGUCCGCCAACGUGCCGGAUCAGCCCCGUAUCUCUUGAAACCCGACACGGGCCGGGGCUUCCUGUCUGCCCUGCAGCCUCCGGGGCCACUUCUGCCGGCCCUCUGCCCCCCCAUGUGUGCUUGGAGGGACAAAGCGCUCAGACUGUGGGUAACGCCCGUGCUUCAGUACCUCCGUCUGUGCGAAGACCGUGCACCAAUAAAACCUGCUUGCAUCCAAGAA